CGUGCGGCGGGGCCGGCGGGCGGGCGGGCGCUGCCGGGCCCGGCUCCUUGCUGGGCGGGCAUCUGCAGUGCGGCCGUGUGGGGCGGCGUGCCAGGCCCCCGCGAGUCGGAGGAGCCUGCUCCAGCUGUGGCGGGGGUACAAGUAGAGUGCCAGAGCAGCGAGCAGCUCUCCUUCCCUCCGGCCCCGCUCCCGGGAGCGGCCCUGUGCUGAGGGAGCGUCUGGCCGCGACGCCGCUGAAGCCCUCUCAUAAUGCUGCUGCACGUGCUUAUGCAUAAAUAAAUAAAUAAGUGCUUUUCUAAGGACUACGUUCUGGAAAAUGCCGGGAGGAGGUGGUUUCGCAAAGCCAAAGCGCUUUAAGUUGCGUACCUAUGAGUUCCCACACAAGCAAGCAACAUAACACAAAAGAUAGAAAUAAAGGAAUAUUAAGCGUUUAUCCUAAUUUUUGCAUGCUCAUAUACAAGUAUUGUUGUGAUUAGGAGAUGGGGGUGGGUAGUCCAUUGAUCUCAUAAGUUUGAGAAACGGUGGAAUAUGGUAAUGACGGCUAAUGAGCAUUUAGCAAUAUCACAGUGAAACUGUAUUAAUCAGACUCAUAUUCUUUUUCAUUUUCAUUUUUGUAUAUUUGGAUGGGUUUUCUUCCUUAGACCAAAGAAGAAAGAAUAGUUGUCCUGGAAACUGAAAAUGCUGUCCUUCAUCUAAAACUUGCAGAGUGCUUUCUGCAUUAAAUCUGAUCUCCUGAGACACUUAAUCCAGCUGUGUAACCAGCCCUUUUCCCUAAGUUAAGGCACAGUUUUAACCUUUCAGAUCCACCUCAAGCAUAAGUAAGAGGAUUCAGUAUCAAGGGUUGGCCGGAAGAUGUACUAGUGAAGUAUUGCAGCUCUAUGCUGCUCAUGGCCAACAGAUGAAAUUUCAGAGGAGUUCUGCUGUAACCCAGCUCCAUGUAGCAAUAAAGAGGCUUAAGCAAGACCUGAAGAGCCUUCAUUCAUUUGCUCUUGAGCUUUCAAAAGACUUUCAACGUCAAAGCAAGACUUGUCUUUACCAAGUUCUGGCAGCAGUUCAGGGGAUACAGCUGCAGAAUGAAGCAAUGCAAAUGUUUCAGAUAAAAGCUUUUGAUCUUGAGCAGUCUCUACAAGAGGUGACAGAGAGAUAUGAGAAAGAAAAGCAGAAGAGGAAGGCUCUACAUAACAGCUUAAUUGAACUGAGAGGAAAUAUCAGAGUCCACUGCAGGAUUCGACCGUUGCUACCUUUUGAUGAUGCUGCUGGACAUUCACAAGACAGGCAGAGAAGCUUUUCAGAAAAAGUGGCAUAUGCAGCUGAUGAUGAAACCAUCCUUGUCAAGUGUAGCCGACCUGGUCAUGCCUCAGUAAACAAGACUUUUCAGUUUGAGAGAGUUUACAAUGAUUUGGAGUCUCAAGAUGCAAUAUUUGCAGAUGUGGCCCCUUUGCUAACAUCUCUUCUGGAUGGGUACAAUGUGUGUAUCAUGGCUUAUGGGCAAACUGGAAGUGGGAAGACAUACACAAUGUUAGGACCACAGUUAGAGGGGAACUUAGCAUUCACCACAGAAGAGGAAUCAGAACUUGGAAUUAUUCCUCGAGCUACCCAAGAAGUGUUCAGGCUUCUUUCAGAAAAGCCACCAGGAAGUUACUGGGUUGAGGUUUCUGUUGUAGAAGUGUAUAAUAAUGAAAUUUUUGAUCUUCUGGCCAAAGACAGCUGUGGAAAAGUGUUUGGCAUCAAGCGUGAUGUUGUCACAACCAGAGAAGGGAAGAGUGAUGUGCCAUUACUGACACAUGAGACUGUUGAAAAUGCAUCUGAAUUUUUGCAUCUUGUCAACAAAGGUCUACAUCUGAGAGUCACUCACCCAACACUGGUGCAUGCUCAUUCCUCUCGUUCUCAUCUGGUAGUGACAUUGAACAUAACCACAGUUGUCUUUGGAGAUAACUUUGGUAUUUUAUGGGAAGAUGAACAAACCAGUCAGAGAAUAAAUAAAGAGGCUUCCUUCACCUUUACACAAAAAAUGAGAGACAAUAUAUCCACCUCUUCUUCCAGAGCCUCUUCACCAGUGCAGCUUGAAGCAACUGAGAAAAUGAAGCAAGUCAAAACAAGACUGCAGCUGGUGGACCUGGCUGGGAGCGAGUGUGUCGGUAUGUCUGGAGUGACAGGGGCAGCGCUGAGAGAGACCUCCUUCAUCAACCGCAGCCUGUCCGCCCUGGCCGACGUUCUGGGAGCAAUAGCAGAGCAGCGAGCUCACAUCCCAUACCGGAACAGCAAACUUACACAUCUGCUUCAGGACUCCGUAGGAGGUGAUGCUAAACUGUUAGUGAUGCUGUGCAUCUCUCCUGGCCAAAAGUACUUAACAGAAUCAAUGCAGUCUCUGGGAUUUGGAACUCGUGCUCGGCAAGUUCAGAGAGGACAAGUCAAGAAGAAAAAUUUCCCAGUGCCUAGUAAAGGAAAAUAAAACCUAAGACUCCUAUGGAUUAAAGUAUCAUUAAUGAGUUCCUCAGACUGAAAUGUAUAUUGUUGUCCUUAAGCCAUUCUUUUAGAUAUCAACUGCCAGUUAAAAUAAACAAUCCUCACCAUGGCAUUAGUAAGCAAUAAACCUGCUAAUGAUGCUCUUGCGCCAGAGAUAAUAGCAAGUAUUGACAACAGCUACCCACCCUGGUAGAAUAGUAGAGAAAUAAACUGGCCUAUAAGA